AUGUCCGCCCCAGGCCCCGAGUCAAUCCCAACAUCGGCAGACCCGCGCUCCCGCCGGGCCACCAAGAAGCGCGCCCCGUCACCUACAUCCUCGCAGGCCGCCUCGCUGUCUGCCCUCUUCGCCAAGCCCCACCAGAACAUCCGUCUGCCGUCGUCCGCCGCCGUCAAGAGGGCCCCCCGUAUUCCCGAGAUAUACACCAACGUGCAGGGGUCUUCGUCGGGCGCAGGGUCCGGCGAGUUCCACGUGUACAAGGCAUCUCGGCGCCGCGAGUACGAGCGCCUGAGAGACAUGGAUGAGGCCCUGAAGCGGGAGAGGGAGCAGCAUGACUUUCAAAAGAGCCGCGCCGAAAAAUCCCAGCGGGACGAGGACAAGACCCGCAAGAACAGGGAGAGGAGGGAGAAGAUGAAGGCGAGAAAGGCGAACAAGGGCAAGAAGACGGCGACCGGGACCGGCGCUGGAGGUGACGCUGGUGCUGGUGCUGGUGCUGGUGCCGAGGGAAUCACGCACGGAGCGGAUCCAGGUACUCGGGAGGAAACGAGUGAACAAGGCAAAACGAUGGGGGGCACCGUGUCUUCUGCGCAUUCUGGUCUUGUCAUCAUUCAUGAUGACGACUGA